AUGUCUCAAAUUUACGAAGAAGUCGACCCAGUGUACGCAAAGAAGUGCAGUAGCGUAACGCUUUGUUCCAACACCGUCGGUUUUUUUAAAAACCUCAGUGAAGAAAUUGUUGCACUUGCGGAAGAAGACGAUUGGCUAAAAUCCUUUGAAAAGGUUGAAGACGCAGAAAAGGUUAGCACCGUGAUGAAAAAUAAAACGAUUAUGGAGUGUCUUAUGGAAGUAUUCUCUCGGAUUCAACCUCUGCAUCGUGGGAAGGACGCGAAAGUUUCGCAGGAGAAAAGAAAGGCUGUUGAGGAUUCUAUUAAACAAGGAGAUCUUGAAAAAUGUUUAGCUUUGGCAAGCCAGGCAGUUCUAAGAUCACCAAUGACAGGUGCUGAAGAAGUGAUAGAUGGAGGCGUAUCCUUAGCGCUUGCGUUGUGGACUCGUUCAGAAGUGCUUUUGCGUUUAAACAGACAUCGUGCUGCUCUCGAAGAUUUGAAAUUGGCUUUGAAAGAACGUCUACCGGCUCGGAUGCGCGCUCAGUACUACUGGCGAAUGGGUCACUGUUAUAAAGGAGCAGGGGAGCCAACAAGGGCCAAAGUUUCUUAUGAGUUAGCCGGCAGAUUGUUAGGAAAUAACGAGAAGGUGAAAGGGCAGUUACAAAAAGACAUUGAUUCGCUCGACUUAUCCAUAAAACCCAAUUGCUCUCAUACAAAAUCAGGAAUAACGCUGACGGGCGGCGCUAAGCAAUCUAUGCCGUCUUUAUCAAAGUUACUUAAAAUAACUGAAGAUGAAAUAAAGGGUCGAUUUGCUGUGGCCAACGAACCAGUUAAAACAGGAAAUGUGCUACUUAUCGACAGUCCCUAUGCAGCAUGUCUUUUACCAGAUUUUUAUGGUACAAAUUGCUUACAUUGUUUUAAAAGAUUAGAUGAUUGUGAAGAAUGCGCUCCUGUCUGGUGUCCACAAUGUUCAGAAGUGGCUUUCUGUAGUUUAAAAUGCAGGGACAUAGCAAUUACAACAUACCAUAGUUAUGAAUGUCCGUUUCUGGGCUUAUUUUUUGGGUCAGGAAUGUCGAUUCUCAGUCAUAUCGCGCUCAGAAUGGUCACACAAGCUGGUCUGGAAGCCAGCCUCACUAUUUAUUCCAAACACUUAUUUAAUAAAAUGGAGACUGUUGAAAGCGUUACGCUACACGACAUAGAAGGAACGCAAAGAAAGUUAAAAAUGAAAAGUCGAAGAGAAAGACUUAAUAGAUCCAAAAAAAUCCUAUACCCAAUAGAUGAUAACACUUCUAAAGAAAAGGAAAUCUCAACUACGUCGGAUGAGAAGCAAAAUUCUCACGAACAGUUAGUAUUCAGGGCAGCUCAAGUUUACUCACUCUGCACCCAUUCGAGACAAAGAAAAGGGGACGACUAUUUAAAGAGAAUUGUCAUGGCAAUGUUCCUCACAGAGUGCUUGAAAAGAAGUGAUUUUUUCAAGAAUUGUGAAAAAGAUAAAAUUUUGAAAGCGGAAGUGUCCAUCUGCGAGCUUAUAGUCUGCAACCUGCAGCUUCUUCAGUUCAAUGCUCAUGAGAUCUAUGAAACAAUCCGUGGUCAACAUAUGUUUACUGGUUCUAAACCUGUGUACACCGCAGUUGGGAUUUAUCCCACUGGUGCUCUAUUCAAUCACGAGUGCAAUCCCGCCGUUGCCAGGUAUUUCGACGGUCGCAAUAUAGUCCUUCGGGCCACUCGGCCCCUCGCAGCUGGGGAAAUCGUUUCAGAGAACUACGGACCGCAUUUCCUAAUGCGCAACCUGAAAGAGCGGCAAAGAUGUUUGGCGUGUAGAUAUUGGUUUAAGUGCGACUGCGUUGCUUGCAAGGAAGACUGGCCGACUUUGAAACAGAUGAACGCCAGCGCUCCUUUCCUUAGAUGUCCUAACAUUUCGUGUUCUUGGAAAUUCAUUGCAAAUCAAAAAAGCCUUCCGAGCAGAUGCUCUAAGUGUUCAGUACCUAUUGAAAGGAAUUUAGUAAAAGUAUAUUUGGAGACCGUUGACAGCUGUUUGUCAAAAUAUGAGGAAGGUGCUAGACUGAUGGAGGCGGAGCGUCCAAUGGAAGCAAUUGAUGUUCUGUGUGAAGCAGUGGAUAUGUAUCACGAGGUAGCCCGCAUGCCACAUAGGGAGACCCACAUUGCCCAGGAAUCACUGCGCUCUUGCUUUGCUACAUUCGGCAAUGUGCACAUCGUAAAAACACCUAGUCUGGACGAGACAAAGGAAAACAAC